AUGUCCUUCGCGCCACCCGGUCCUCCGGGGUACUACACUUUCCGCCCGGGUCCCAGGGCGCAGCUCGCCACGUGGACGGACGAUGAGCCGCCGGCCGACGCGCCUGAGCCACCGCGCUGGUGGGGCCACAAUGAGGACCUGUACAACAGGCCGAGACGGACGAGAGAGACGGUGCGCACGCCCGACUGGGAUCUCAGCGAUCGGGCGGCGCCGCUCGGACGGCGCCACAGGCCGGUGGCACUCGGCGCGUGGCAGCCCGCCGGCGAGUGGCAAAGGCAGACCACCGCCAAGCACCGCGCCGACCCGUGGGCGGCGCCAGUCGUCGGCACGCGGCGCGGCACACAGUCGUGGGCGCCGGCGCCGAAGAAGCCGCCCGCGAAGCAAGCUGGCGCCGGCCGACGGGUGCGGCCGUACGUGGCGUGGGCUGAGGCGAAGGAGGCAGCCCUCGCCGCCGAGGAGCGAGCGCUCGAGGCCUCGAAGCGCCGCUCCGAGGUGCUGCGCAAGGCGAUGCACGAGAAGCGGCGGGCGGAGAGGGAGGCUGCGCACCGCGCGCUCCUCGAGCAGCAGGCGCACGUCUGGCGCGAGAACCUCGCCCUCGCCCGGCAGAACCGCGCCAACCUCCUCCACUGCUCGUGCGAUCGGUCGACGCUCAGCCCGUCUGCACAGCACGGCGACGGGGGUGGCGCCAAUGGCGGCGGCGAGGGCGGCGAGGGCGGCGCGAAGGGCGGCGCGGGGGAGGCGGCCCACGCGAUCCUCGGCCCGGAGCCAGCGAGCCUCGUACCGGCCUCGCUCGACUUUGGCGAGCUCCCCUCCCCGCCCUUGCGACCCCGCUCGCCGCCGCCGCCGCCGCCGCCAGAAGGCGGCGGCCAGACGGGCGAGGGCGCCGUCGUGCGGUGCGCCGCCACCCGGCACGCCGCGCCGCCGCCGCCCGCUGCUCCGCGCAGCGCCGCUUGGACGGUGCCUCCGCCCGCCUCGGGCGAGGGCGGGCCGCCGCGGAGGCAGAGGCAGCAGAGGCGGCCUCGCUCCCCCCCUGUGACGAUCGUGGCGGUCGACUGGCCGCCGAAGCCGCCGCCAGAGCCGCUUCCGGCGCCGCCACCGGCCGAGGAGGCGGCGGAGGUGGAGGCGGCGGAGGUGUCGGCGCCGGCGGCGCCGGCGGUCGACUUCGAGGAGGAGGAGGCGUCGCCGGGCAGCACCCCCGUGAGCAAGGCGGUGCAGGAGGUGGUGCUCGAGGUGCAGGCGGCGGCCGCGGCCGCGGAGGAGGGGGGCGCCCCGGAGGAGGAGGGCGCCCCGGCGCUCGCCGAGCCGCCGACGACGGCAGAGGUCGACCCCGACGCCGGCUCACAGCUGCUGGAGGUUUCGUCACAGCUGCUGGAGGUUUCGCCGGGGGAGGCGUUGCAAGAGGCGGACUCGCCGGCUCCGCUGCGGGCGGCAGAGAUGUUCUUGGACAGCCCCUUCGCCUCGCAUUUCCUCCGGCAGGCUGUGGCCGCAUCGUAG